CUACAUACAAAACAAAGAGAGGUUGAUCAAGGCUCCAUCUUAGUCAGCUGCGAUCUCGAAGAAGAUACUGCUAGUUACAGAAUACAGAUAGACAUAUUAUUAUGUCGACGCCGAAAGAGGAGAGUGGCAAGGUUCCCUUGCUGCAGCCUCCACCGGUCGGAGAAGAUGAAGAGGAGCUGCAGGUGCAGGGGCUGGGGCGACGGAUUUUAGAAGAGAACCGGAAGCUGUGGGUUGUGGCCGGGCCGUCCAUCUUCACCCACUUCUCGUCCUUCGGCCUGACCGUCAUUAGCCAGGCCUUCAUCGGCCACAUCGGCGCCACCGAGCUCGCUGCCUACGCGCUCGUCUCCACCGUCCUCAUGCGCUUCGGCACCGGCAUACUCCUGGGAAUGGCGAGCGCGCUGGGGACGCUGUGCGGGCAGUCGUACGGCGGGAAGCAGUAUCACAUGCUGGGCAUCUACCUUCAGCGCUCCUGGAUCAUCCUCUUCACCACCGCCGUCCUCCUCCUCCCCAUCUACAUGUUCACCCAGCCGCUCCUCGUCUUGCUCGGGCAGGACCCGGGCAUCUCCGCCGUCGCCGGCGUCAUCUCCCUCUGGUACAUCCCCGUGAUGUUCGCCAACGUCUUCACCUUCACGCUCCAGAUGUACCUGCAGGCCCAGAGCAAGAACAUCAUCAUCACCUACCUCGCCGUGCUCAACCUUGGCAUCCACCUCUUCCUCUCUUGGCUCAUGACUGUCAAGUACAACUUGGGUAUCGCCGGAGCCAUGGGCUCCAUGGUCAUCGCCUCCUGGAUCCCUGUUCUUGGGCAGCUUGGCUUCGUCUUCUUUGGUGGCUGCCCUCUCACAUGGGCCGGAUUCUCGUCCGCUGCCUUCGCCGACCUCGGUGCCAUUGUCAAGCUCUCCAUAUCCUCUGGUUUUAUGCUCUGUUUAGAACUAUGGUAUAACACCGUUUUGGUGUUCCUCGCCGGGUACAUGAAGAAUGCAGAGAUUGCCCUGAACGCUCUUUCCAUAUGCCUUAACAUCAACGGUUUGGAGAUGAUGAUUUCCGUUGGCUUUUUGGGUGCGACGGGAGUACGUAUUGCCAAUGAGCUCGGAGCUGGAAGCGCAAGAAGGGCCAAGUUCGCCAUAUUAAAUGUUGUUACCACUUCUUUCUCAAUCGGAGUUGUGUUGUUUGUGCUCUUCCUUCUCUUGCGUGGACAGCUUGCCUACAUAUUUACCGAGAGUCGAGUGAUAGCUGAUGCAGUUGCUGAUCUUUCGCCUCUUCUGGCCUUCUCCAUCUUGCUCAACAGUCUUCAACCGGUACUAUCAGGUGUUGCCGUGGGUGCGGGUUGGCAAAGUGUAGUUGCCUACGUUAAUGUUGCAUCGUAUUACUUGAUUGGCAUUCCUCUUGGAGCAAUUCUAGGCUAUGUUGUUGGAUUUCAUCUAAAGGGCAUUUGGAUUGGCAUGCUCCUUGGGACUUUGGUACAAACUAUUAUACUCCUGGUCAUAACACUUAGGACCGACUGGCGAAAACAGGUAAAGAUUUCUCAGGAGCGGUUGAAAAGAUGGUACAUUGAUGAGAACAGUAGAUCGCAAGGUUCCGAUGGAAUUAUAUGAAACUGCAGACCAACUGUCCCCGUUCAAGGUUACAUGCAUAACGUGCUUGGAGUAUUUGGAUCAUUUAUGUAUCACAGAUGCCAAUUCCAUUCCUGAGACCUUUCGAGUUUGGUUCUUGGCAUGGAGAUAUGCUCCUAUGUUUAAUAUAAUAACAAAAGACAUAUAUAUAGUUAUUCAAACUCAGGAAGAUUUGUUCUUGGUUGAGAUUCCGUUAAUUUCCACAAGUCAGUAAGUUUGAUUUUCUUGGAUCAAUAUUUCACCAUGUAAUAACCACAUUUUCAGAAGAUCAUGCCUUUUUCACUUC